CUGUAUAGUUGCCGCUAGGGCUGCAAAUGAGCCAAGUCGCUCGCGAGUAACUCGGCGUUCGAAUCGGAAAAAAUUCGUUUGACAAUCGACUCGUUGUUUAACAAGCCGGUUUGUGAGCCGGCUCGUUAGUAAACGAGCCAAUCUUGAGCUAGAUCAUGCUCGGCUUGAUAAGCUCGUGAGCUAGCUUGACUCGGUGGCUUGUUGAGCUAAGCUCGCGAGCUGGAUUGUUUAAAGCUUGUGGAAGGAUUAAUUACUCUUCUGAAUAUGAAAAUUAUCUUGUUAAUAAGUAUGCGUAUGGAAGUUUGAUGUUAUUUUUAGUUUCUAGUGUUUUUUUUAUCAUUUUUAAUUUCUAAUAUUCUUAUUUGUACACAUUUUUUCAGCAAGAAUGGUUCCAAAUCGAGCUUAUCUUGAGCCGAGCUUGUACUCAGCUUGACAAGCUGUGUUAAUGAGCAUUUACCGAGCUCGAGCUGGAUUAUUUUUAAUCGAGUCAAGCUCGAGCUCGAGCUGGAUGAUCAAAAUUCGGGUUCGAGCCGAGCUCGAGCUAAAAAAUUAAUAAACGAGCCGAGCUCAAGCUAAGCAAAAACUCGACUCGACUCGUUUGCAGCCCUAAAUGCCGCCCAACUUAGAUAGAAGAGCUAGAAAGAAAAGAUGUGUCUAGCUUGUCAAGCUAUACCCUAAUCAAUCAAGAAUCAAAACUCAUACGAUAUUCGUACUUUAUCGAAUGGGUCAAUUACAACAUGGUGCUUGGGAGAAAUUGGUCAUGCCCGGACUUUCAUGUGUCGAUUUUAACCGCCACCAAUAGUAUUUUGUGAUAGUUGUACAACGGGUACAAAAUCUGUUGACACUGGUGCUAUUUGCGUUGGUGAUUUUCAAUUGUGUGCUCGCAUGAAAAAAAGUUGAGUAUUCAUAAAUAUUGAUACUUGAUAUUCUCACUGAUCUCCGAGGAUUAGGGUUCUGGCAUCUACCAACAAACUUGAUAAUUUGAUUUCUCUCAUAAUAAAGUAAUAUAACCAACACAAAGCAUGGUUAACUUGUUUGCAAUCUAACCAACAUCCACAAAAAGCACAAUUUAUCAUACAUUUGCUAUGCAAAUUUAACUUUUAAGCAUAUUUUAAAAAGAAUAUACAAACAAGGAUGAACAAAAUAUACACAUAAAAAUUUCCUUAACGAAGGCCUCUACAACCUCAACCUCAACCUCAAAUAUAACCACAUGCUUCUAUCAACCACCAAAUCCAUCCAUUUGGAAAAUACAUGUGUUCUAAACAUUAAGGAGGCUGUCUCCAUGGACAUGAUUGUAUUAGUGUGCUUCCUCAAGGUUAAGCUUGAGAACCAUACCACUCCUAUGCAAAAUCUAUAUUGAUUAAUGAAUAGGUGCAAACUUCAAGGCCGAUAAUACUAGCGUUAUUAAGUGAACAAUUAAGGGAAAUGGAAUCAUAUGGAAAAUUCUUCACAUGCGUUGAAGUCAGGUAACUUAAUUUUUGUUACCUACUUUACCAUGAUUCACAGAUCACAUUACGUAAAACACAAUAAACAUUAUGUAAUGAUAACGUAAAGUAUGUUUAUCUUACAUAACAGUUAUAAAAUAUAAUUAGGAAAAUUUUACCUAGUAACGGACUAACAAUAAACUGUUUAUCGGUUAAUUUUGCAGCAUAAAAAUGAGUGUGGGUUAAAUUGAGAACUUGUUUGCUUGAUGGAUUUGAUGAGAAUUUGGAUCAUCAUUGACUUUGUCCAAAAUCCAUUGUUUGCUUCAUACAUUCAGGAUCAACAAAUUCGUGGAUCUCACGAUGAACCCAAAACCCUCCAAUCUUCAUGAUUUUACACGAUCCAAAUUUUACUGGGAAUCAACCAUGCCCUCCUGAAAGCAAAGAGACAAAAGAAAUUGAAAGCUGGAAGGGAACCACUUACCUCAUCAAUGGUGUAGAAUAAAACUCUUCCUCAUGGUGGUGGCACUUGCCCCUCACUGACACUUCACCCCUGCCUGCCAACAAACUUUUUUUGCCAGAGGGCCAAAAAGAAAGAGAAAAGGAAGGCACGUCUCUGCUUUAAAUAGAUAGCAAACAAGUGAGACCAUCCAUUGAACCAAUGGUCUUUCACUUGCUCCAUUAUAGGCCAUCUUUUUCAUCAGCCAAAACUCCAUCAAAAAGAUUGUACCGGCCUCAGUGCAACCCUUGUUCUUUCUUGCCCAAACUUACCUCGCCCCAUUCUUCAGUUUUUGCCAAGGCCAUAACCAGACAACAGAGUAAUGCUCUUCUUCUGCUCUCGUAUCAUCAACACGACAACCCAUGAAUCGAGUUCUAGAGAUGAGAAAGUUUCAUCUCUUUGGGACAUGAGUAACAGAAAGCAAUGACAUUCCAUCACUUUUUCUUCCUUUUUUGCAGCCUCCAAUGGCAUGCACUUGUCAGUGUUUUGACAAUUGUUUGCCCAAAAGGACGGUUGGUACUACUUAUUAGGGUUUGUUAAUUGAUCUACGAGUUGUGUGUGGAUUUCUGAUUAUUUCGAAUAAUUCGAGCUGUUGAUAGAGUUUUCAAUGAAUAUGAUAAGUAUAAUUUUAUAGGCAAAGUUAUAAAUCGAGUAUGAAGUGAACUUGCACGCUAACCUCUAGGCUUAGGCCUCGAGUGUAUUAUUAGGCUGGACAUAUGCCUCAAAUCUCGCAAAAUAGGGCAUCGAUCCUUUCAUCCCAUGCUAUGGGAUGCAAAACAUUUUCAAAACGAUCUCGGAGAGUUUUUGACAUAUUUUGAGCGUCGACUGAAAUUUCCCAACUACCAACUCGACUAUACCAACCCAAGGUUCCAAGCCCAAGCAUUGCAACUAGCGAUUUACCAACAUCCUUGAGCUUAGUCCAAUCAAUUAUGGUGCUUAACCUGUAAAAUUUCGAACUUUUAAUAUUACCGAACAAACUUAACCUCCUAAAAGGACGAUGAACGACCACUUCAUCAGAAUAACACGAUGAAAUCAUGCCCCCACAAAUCGCAUUUUGUAGUUGAAAUAAGAUCACAAAUAGAUUUUGAUGAAUCAACAAAUAUACGCAUGGAACGAUCAUAGAAAGAGCCAAAGAGGGGCAAGGAACUACUCAAGGGUCGUUUGGAUGGAGUAUUUGUACGAGUUAUUUGGGUUCAAAUAACUCACAAUGAGUUAUUUGGACGUAAAUAACUCGUUUGACAGCGUUUUACUGAAAUGAGUUAUUUGGACAGUGAGUUUAUUUGAAAUAACUUAUACCCAUGUGUUAUUUCGAAAUAACUCGUUUUAUCACUCUGCUUUUACCAAAUACCACAUGUCAAAUACCACAUUUGCAUGGUUCAGCCAAACGAGAUAAUUUAUUUCAAUUACCACUGAAAUACCACAUGAACAAUAAAUGAGUUAUUUGACUUUACAAAUACCACAAUGACAAUUAACCCAUCCAAACGACAGUGAAGGAGUUGAAAUGUCUCACAUAAUAGUGACAAAGAUUGGUACAACCCACCUCACCUCACCUCCCUUCCAAAGUAGAUAUUUGGGCAGCAGCUUUGGGCAGCAGCUAGCUUAGCUUAGCUUCUUCACAGUACCAUAUAACGACAGCGGCACUCAUUCCCAAGUUCAUGAUGUGGUGAAGGAAGGAAAGAAGAGAGAAGAUUCACCAAAAGCCAAGCAGCUCAACAUUAAAGACAAAACAAAAACCAUCCCUCUCUUCAAUCCUCUUACACCUUUGCCCUACCUUCUCUUUUUUUAAUUCUUUAAUUUCUGUUUUUUUUCAUUGAAUCCUAUUUUGAUUUUUCAUGCACAAAAACAAUACUUACCGACUUAUGGAGCUGAUUCAAUUGUAAAGUGUUUAGGGAUAAAUGUACCACCUUUCACAUUUGUACUACAAUUUUCCCCCAAAUAAAUAUAUGUAUAAUUUGUGAUUUUUUGCUCAAAAAACUGUCCCUUAAUAUUGAGACACAUAUCUACAAAUACAUGCAUUUGUCCAUCUUAUUGAGAAUGAAUUAGGUAUAAUGGAGAGAGUACUGAUAAAGGAAUUUUCUCAAUACAUCUUCUGUUUAGCCUAUCUAAAAUAUAAGUAAAAUUGAACGAAAAAAAUGCAAGUAAAAACAUUGACUAGGCACGAUCCCAUAUAAUUUAUAGGGAUCGUUUGCAUGAAUUAUUUAUAGAACUAGUCAUUUGCUCAAGUGUAAACAUUUGAGAAAUAUAGAUAUUUGAGAAUGUAGACAUUUGCGAAUAUAUUGUUUGUUUAACAAUUUUUAGUUAAGUCAUUUGUAUAAUAUUAUCAUUUUUCCUUUACAUUUAAUAUUUCAUUAUCUUGUUUCCUAUCCUCAUAAAACCAACCACGUAAUAAAUUCAUUUUCAACCAACAAAACAUAUGAUUACGAGUACUUUCUAAGUUUAAAUAAUAUUUUUAAGUUAAAUAUUUUUAUAAUAGGUAACGACUCCAGAAGUCUCACAUCGGAUAAAUUAAGACUCAUUCUUGAAGGCGAUAGCUCCGAUGACACUAGGAGCUAGAGUCACGAGAAAAUGAUGCAGACAAUAAGAUGGAUUACCCUCCUCAUCUGAUAUAAAGUUAACUCAAUUAAAUCAUUUGGUAUCAAAUAACUCAAACAAACAAACCCAUAAUCAACAAGAGCAUAUUGGUUAAACAUCGUAAUUACAACAUAGCACAUUAAAUUCUCAAUAUCCAAAUAUUGAUUUUUUAUUUUAUUAAAAAUAUUGUCAGGGAAUUAGAUAGUGAGAGAAAAUAGCAGCGGCAAUAACAAAGGUAUAGCUAUAGCCAGGCAGCAGAAAUAUAUAGCAGGCGUCUUGAGGCCUGAGAGAAGAGAGCAGCAGCAGCAAGCUAAGCUAUCUAGCACUGAGCACUCACUCAGACCAAAUAUAAAAGAGGACAAAUUAUAUAGCCAUUCCCCAUUAGCUAUAGCAACCAAUAACCCUUAUAUAAGAUUUGGCUUCAUUUUCUCUUCCCUUUCUCUUCCUGUGUUCCUUCAUUCCCCUUCUGUGUCCCACUCAUCAAUAGUCACAGACAAAGCUGUUGAUCAUCAGCUUUCUUCCUUCUUCUUCUUAAGUAGUUUUGCUUCUUUCCUUUUCACUUUCCCUAUUUUGGUCCCAAGAAGAAGUAAAACAUGUUGAGUAAUGCAAGAGCAGGAAAUAGGGCAUCUUCUUGUUCUUCUCCAUUCACAGCAACACAGUGGCAAGAACUGGAGCACCAAGCUCUCAUCUACAAGUACAUGGUCUCUGGUGUCCCCAUUCCUCCUGAGCUCCUUUUCUCCGUCAAGAGAAGCAUUGAUUCCUCCCUUGCUUCAAUUGGGUGGGGAUGUUUUCAGGUGGGUUUUGGUAAAAAGGGAGACCCAGAGCCAGGAAGGUGCAGAAGAACUGAUGGCAAGAAAUGGAGGUGCGCCAAAGAAGCAUACCCUGGCUCCAAAUACUGUGACAGACACAUGCAUAGAGGGAAAAACCGUUCAAGAAAGCCUGUGGAAAUCUCUUCUUCUUCAUCUUCUCCUUCCACUACCACAAAUACUCCCAGAACUUCACCUAUUAGUAACACCACUACAAGCAAUAACAACUAUUACCACAAUCCUUACAUUACUACCUACAACAAUCCUUCACUGAUCAACCCUUUAUCUAUUUCCUCAUCUACAUCAUCAUCACUAGAUUCUGAUGUCCACCAGCAGCAAGCCCCUCUGAAUGGCCAAAACUUUCUCAAUAGUACUUUCCUUUAUAACAACAGUAGUACUAAUAGCUCAUCUUGCUCUAAUUCCUCCUCUUGUUGUAAGACCACCACUGCUCCUAAUCUGUUCAUGGAUUCUCUCUCUUCCUCUCAUCAUCACCAUCCUGCCUCUGACAAAGACUACAGGUACCUCCAAGGAGUGAGAGAGGAUCAGCAACUUAAUCACCAUCAAUAUGGGUCAUCACCACAACCAGAGUUUGACAACUUUUACUCAUAUCCAUCAUCAAAACAAGAUUAUCAUCACCAGCAGGAACAGCAUUGUUUUGUCUUGGGAGCUGAUUUCAAGUCAUCAUCAUCAUCAAUUUCAGCAAUUACUAACAGGCCAUUGAUCAAGGUGGAAGAGGGUAGCAGUGACAGCAAAGAGAUGUCCUCAUCAUCCCACAAGCCAAUGCACCAUUUCUUUGGGCUUGGUGGUGGUGCGGCAGACUCUUGGCUAGAUCUUGCAUCAAGCUCAAGGCUCUCCUAAUGGUAUAUAAGUUUCUAACUACAGUUUCAGUAUUAACUAAUCAGACCAAUCAUUCAUUAUUGAUAAAAAGGAUCACACAGUUUAAAAUGUUUGUUGGUUUCUUGUUGAUGGUCUGCAGGGAGCAUUGAUGGAUCUUUUUAGCUUUAUUGGUGGUGCCAAAAGAGUACUUGUUGGGUGGGUGAUAGUAAUAUGAUAAUGUGUGGGUUUUGAGAACUUGUGGCUGGGGUGCAAAAUUUGGGGUUUCUUCUUCUGUUGAGCUGCAGUGUUGUUUUGGAUUUAAUAAUGUAGGGUCAGCAAAGAAAGAAAGCAGCUUCUUCUUUCUUGUUUCUGCUUUCAUUUUUACUUUGUGAAAGGAGGAGGGUACUGUUCUGUCUGUUUGUUAUCAGCUGGGAGAAAUGAAAGAUCCUUUCUUCAUAAAUGUACAUCAUCAUUAUGUCAACUUGUAUGCAAAAAAGAAAAAUCUUGCUGCCCAUAAGGAAAAGAAACACAAGAUUGGGGUUUGCUAGGUUUUGGCUGAUGUAGUUAUGAAUUGAAGCUAUUAAGAUUAAUAUUAAUAUCGUAAGGUUUAUCUUGUUGAGAUGAUUCGUUCUCGAUAUAGUAUCAAACCUUCUGGCUAAAAUGUUUCACGUUUAAAUUUCCAUGAGUCUCUAGAACGGAUUUGUGCAUAACUCAAGUUUGUAACAAGCGACUUCAUUUGAGCAACGUGUGAAGGGACAUUGCAUAAGGUUCGUAAUUGAAACUCUUUUAAUCACGCCGAACUGAACCGUGUAGGAAAAACUCUUCGUCAAGAACAGUACUGGUACCAUAUCAAAAUUGAAUUCAUAUCAUCCCCCCACAUCUUGAACUGAAAGAGUAGGUGAGCUUCCAUUACGUGAAGAAGAUAAGUAGGCCAGGGCAAGCAGUCCACUACUCUACUGCAACUGCAUGACCAGAUAUAUACCUUCCCCAUAUGGUCUUGCCUGGGAUUUUCAGACAGCCUUCAUACUUCCUUCCUGACGCCCAAAGAGUAAGACAAACGAGUGUGGCGGGGUGGGAAUUGGCGGGACAUAUGGGGAACAAACCAAUCUUCAUAUC